AUGGAUCCCUACGCUUCUUACGUCUGUCCUUCUGACUUUGGGGCAACCAGGAUACCGCGCUCGAAUCACCACAUUGGGGAGUCCAAAAUUCUUCUUUCACAACAGCAGCAACAGCAGUUGCCGCCAUUUCGCGAGCUCCUGGGAUCCAACGUUGACUCGUCAAUCGACCCUAUAACAGCCAGCGAAUCUAUAUCCGUUACUCAAGGAGACAAUAUGACAAGGAGAACCUUCCAACCGGCAUCCAGGCCAUUAAAAAUUGAGCCCCCUUCGCCUGAACGAUCGCAGAAUGGAAAUGGGAUUGAGUCCUUCGACAACAUGUCUGCUCAGAGUAGUGACUCGGCAUACACUGCUCCGCACCAUCACAGACAGAACCCGUCAUGGAAUUCGACUUCCCACUAUUCUGACGUCGUCAGUCCAUAUGGUCCUCAACAGCGUCCCCCGUGUACCAUCCAGACCCAAUUUUCACCUUCCAGAGCGACCCCAGGUUUACCUCCUAUUCGAAAUUUUGACCGGAUGAGCCCUUACAGCCCGUCCUUUUCAUCGACAGGUUCCUACGGAUACGGUUCUUCUGGUGGACCGCCCACUGGUCACGAGGGUUACUCAUACAAGACGGAAACACCGUCUUAUUACGACCCACCCCACCGUUAUGGACAGAGCUAUCCGCAAACGAAUAGACCGAAUGCUCCGCAGAUGGAGUAUUCAAGAUACCCGCCAUCAGUAUAUGAGUAUCGUGGCAAUGUCACAUACCCCUCGUCGUAUGCAGGCGAUUAUCUCCCUUCGCCGACCGGUUCCCAUCACCCGGUCUCUCCGACAGUAUCGAAUGAAGGGUGCGGUCUGCCCGGCAGGAGACGAAGGGGAAACUUGCCAAAGCAUGUUACAGACUUCUUGCGACAAUGGUUCCUGGCGCACUUGGAGCAUCCGUACCCGACGGAGGAGGAUAAGCAACAAUUUGCUCAAUCUACAGGUCUUUCUAUUGCCCAGAUAAGCAACUGGUUCAUCAAUGCCAGAAGACGGCAUCUGCCCGCUUUGCGUCAUCAGCUCCGUGAGAGAGCGUCCCAAGCAUCGCCAACUGAGUAUGAUUCAGACCAAGUACGACGUUAG